AUCGGAUCUGAAUUCUUGCUAAGGUUUCAGUGACUUUGUUUUUUAUUUGACAUUUUAGUAAAUAUUUGGUAUUCUCUUGUUGCUGUUUUUUUUUCACUUAAAAUUUUGUUGCGGUUGUUGUUAAAGUUAACUAAUAAUUAGUUUUACCAAUCAACAGGGUAAGUACGCGGUGAAUUUGUUGUUUUAAUUUUGAGGUACCAGGGUGUGACGCUAGUUUAUUUUCUCUGUUGUGUUUCUCCGGCUGCCUCAGAGGUCGAAGCUAAGGCGCAGCAGCAGACAGACAUACAGCUGUAUGUUUGUUUGAGAGCUCAUAGCGGUGGCUCCCCCUCUCUUUCUCCUCUCCCGCAGCCUCGCUUGCUCUCAGCUGGUGUUGCGACCUCACCACCAGGCUCUCUCUUUCUUUCUGCUUCUGGUUUGCUUACUUUUCGCCGGAACUUUACUUGCAGUACUUAUGCUGCGUCGAGCAUCACAGCUCUGCGAGAGGUUUUGGAGAACUUCCUUCGGCAAGAUGGACUGAACCAGGUCUCUUAUUAAGAGUACGGAUACUUCAAACAGAAGACGCGUGUUUUGUUUUUUAACUAUAUUUUACUUUAUUGAGACAUUUCGACUUGUUUGCUCCAUCAUGGACGAGGACGAGGGGCAUCAUGAGAACGGGAUUCACGUCGUCAAGGACUCGGACAGACAGCAGCGGCUCCGGCUCUGCGUUUUGAACGAAAUACUCAACACAGAGCGGGACUAUGUCCGGACGCUGCUCUUCCUUCAGUCGGCAUUUCUUCAGAGAAUCAGGCAAAUUCCAGGCGACCAACAGUGUCUUUCACCUGAACAUGUCAAGAUCCUGUUUUCUAACAUCGAGGACAUCCUAGAGUUGCAUAGAAAAGUGCUCUCUGUUGUGGAGGCCAGCUUGCAGCCUGAACCUCAUCCUAACCACUCGCUGGGCCACGUGUUCCUGCAGUUUAAGCAGAGCUUCUCAGUUUACAGCGAGUACUGCAGUAACCACGAGAAGGCUUUGCGACUUCUGAUGGAGCUCAAUAAGAUUCCCAACAUACGUACCUUUCUACUGCACUGCAUGCUGCUGGGAGGAAAGAAGAGUACAGACAUUCCCCUGGAGGGUUACCUUCUCACUCCCAUCCAGAGGAUCUGCAAGUAUCCUCUGCUGCUCAAGGAACUACUUAAAAGGACUCCUAAGAAGCAUGCAGACUACCCUGCCGUGGAGGAGGCUCUGCAGGCCAUGAAGGCUGUCUGCUCCAACAUCAACGAGACCAAGAGGCAGAUGGAGAAACUGGAGGCUCUAGAGCAGCUGCAGUCCCAUAUUGAAGGCUGGGAGGGAACCAACCUGACGGAUAUCUGCACGGAGUUGCUCCUUCAUGGAAAUCUCCUGAAAAUCUCUGCGGGCAACAUCCAGGAACGCGUCUUCUUUCUGUUCGACAACCUUUUAGUUUACUGCAAAAGGAAGUCCAGAGUGUCUGGGAAGAAAUCCACCAAGAGAACCAAGUCCAUCAAUGGGCCUCUCUAUGUGUUCAGAGGCCGGAUCAACACUGAGGUGAUGGAGGUGGAAAACGUGGAAGACGGAACAGCCGACUAUCACAGCAACAAUUACACAGUGACUAAUGGCUGGAAGAUUCACAACACGGCUAAGAACAAGUGGUUCGUCUGCAUGGCCAAAAAUGCAGAGGAUAAGCAGAAGUGGCUGGACGCCAUCUUGAGGGAACGCGAGCAAAGAGAGAGUCUGAAGUUGGGAAUGGAGCGGGACGCCUACGUGAUGAUUGCUGAGAAGGGAGAGAAACUCUACCACAUGAUGAUGACCAAGAACAGGCACCUGAUUAAGGACCGCCGCAAAAAGCUGAGCAUUGUGCCCAAGUGCUUCAUGGGAAAUGAAUUUGUGUCGUGGCUGAUUGAAAGCGGAGAGAUCAGCAACGCCGAUGAGGGAGUGAACCUGGGACAGGCCUUACUGGAAAAUGGCAUCAUUCACCACGUGUCAGACAAACACCAGUUCAAGAACGAGCAGGUCUUGUAUCGCUUCCGCUAUGAUGACGGCACCUACAAGGCACGCAGCGAACUGGAAGAUAUCAUGUCAAAGGGCGUCAGGCUAUACUGCCGCCUUCACAGCCUCCACACGCCUGUCAUCAAGGACAGAGACCACCAUCUGAAAACAUUUAAAUCUGUUUUGCCUGCUUGCAAACUAGUGGACUGGUUAAUCUCACAGGGAGACUGCUCCAACAGAGAGGACGCUGUGACACUGGGUGUGGGCCUCUGCAACAGUGGCUACAUGCACCAUGUUUUGGAGAAGAGCGAGUUUAAAGAUGACUCGCAGUUCUUCCGUUUCUAUGCUGAUGAAGAAACGGAGGGAACCGGCACCAAGAGCAAGCAACUGCAGCGAAAUGACUUCAAACUCAUAGAAAACAUCCUGGCCAAGUCCCUGGUGAUUCACCCUGAGGAGGAAGACUAUGGCUUCGAGAUCGAGGAGAAAAACAAAGUCAUUGUGGUGAAAUCUGUCACCAGGGGCUCACACGCAGAGAUGGCCAGCCUGCAGGUGGGCAGGAAGAUCUACACCAUCAACGAGGACCUGCUGUUCCUCCGGGCCUUCUCCGAGGUGGAGGCAAUGAUCAACCAGGCCUUCUGCAUACGACGCUCUCUGAGGCUGCUGGUCGCCAUCAAAGCCAAGGAGAUCGUGAAGAUCCCUGACAACCCAGAAAGCCUCUCCUUCAGGCUGUCCGGAUCAGAACCGCCACAUGUCCACGCUGUGAGGAAAGGCUGGGAGGCGGCCGCAGCAGGGCUUCAGCCUGGCCAGGUCAUCCUGAAGGUCAACGGCAACAACAUGAACCGCAGCGAUUAUCAGGAGGUCCUGGAGCACUUCAGUGCACAGCACACACACCAGGAACCCCCCCAGACAUGUCAGUGGGUUUAUCGUGCUUUUGAGGAUGUGGAGGAGCUCCAGAGACCAAACAGUGCUGGUGAGAAGGAGGAGAGUCCAUUGAGGCCUUACUCAGUGGAGAAUGGCUCCAACCAUGAGGAGGGCACCACUACUAAUGGAACAGACCACAGGCUCUGCAGACUUUCCUUGUCUGCUGAUCUACCCCUGGUCAGCCUGACAGUGGAUAACGUCCACUUGGAGCAUGGAGUGGUUUAUGAAUACGUGAGCACCGCUGGAAUCAAGUGCCACGUCCUGGAGAAGGUGGUGGAGCCCAAAGGCUGCUUCGGCCUGACUGCUAAGAUCCUUGAGGCAUUUUCUGGUGAUGACAGCCUCUUUGUACGCAACUGCAGCCAGCUCAUCUCCCAGAGUGACCGAGUCGUUACCAUGCCACAGUACGAGUUCAGACAAAUCUGUGACACCAAGCUGGAGAGCGUCAAAUGUCGUAUCAGCAGCUAUCAGGAGUUUGCUAAGGAGCUGAGGAACAAGGUGUGGCCGUCCUUCAGGCAGGCUGGCGUUCGCCCUCACCCGCUGGGCUGCAUGGACUUUGUUCCCACAAACUGCCAUGUCAACCUGAUGCAAGUGUCGUAUCCUAAAAGCACCACAUCUGCAGGCAGGACUUUCAGCAUCCGCUUUGGUCGCAAAAACUCCCUUUAUGGUUUGGACCCAGACCAAGCUCAGCUCAACCCCAUGUCGCACACUCAGCACUGUGUGACCAGCAUGGGCGCUCCUUCCUGGAGCUGCUCCGGCCUGGAGGGGGGUGAGGCCGAUGGCAGUGCGGAGGAGACCCUGGAUGGAGGCGAGGGCAUCCAGGGAGAAGGCGGGCUGAGCUUCCUGCUCAAACAGGAAGACACGGAGACGCAGGAUGCCUAUAUCUACCUGUACAGCCGCCUGGACUUUGCAGUGAGGGAGAUGAAGCAAUAUGUUGCUCAAAUAGACGUCCUCCUGUCGUCGAUCACUGAACCCACCCAGCUGGAUGGCGAGGGCGGGGAGCCCCCUGCUGACGAGUUGGGUCAGCCUUUGGCCCCCUGCGAAGACGGUUGUGAGCAGGACAAAGCAGAGCCAGGCGGCAUUAAAAAAGUUUGCUUCAAGGUGAACGAGGAAGACCAGGAGGACUCUGGGCAUGACACCAUGAGCUACAGGGACUCCUACAGUGAAUGCAACAGCAACCGGGACUCAGUUCUGUCCUACACCAGUGUGCGAAGCAACAGUUCUUACCUGGGGAGUGAUGAGAUGGGAUCAGGAGACGAGCUGCCCUGUGACAUGAGGAUUCCCUCUGACAAGCAGGACAAGCUACAUGGCUGCCUGGAGCACCUCUUCAACCAGGUUGAAUCGAUCAACUGUCUCCUCAAAGGAUCUGUGAUGACAAAGGCCUGUGAGGAGAUCAAACACUUUUACUCAGACCACAGUCAGCCAGAGUUCCGCCAGACUGAAGACUGGACCGCCCGCAGUCGCUAUGUCAUCCACAAGAACAUCCAGGAGGAUCCCUGGAACCUGCCACACUCCAUCAAGAACCUGGUGGAGAGCCUGCAGAGAUUCGUGGACGAUGGGAAGAACCAGCUUCUCCUGGCUCUGCUCAAAUGCACAGACACAUCUCUGCAGCUGCGGCGGGAUGUGAUCUUCUGCCAGGCGGCGGCCGGUGCCCUCUGCACACUGGCAGAGCAGCUGCUGACGGCAUUACGCUCACGCUUCAACAACGCUGGAGAGUACCAGGAGGACAACAAGGAGACCAGCCGCAAGUGGCUGGAGCAGAUAUCCGUCAUUGGGGUUCUACUGCACUUCCAGUCCACGCUGGCUCCAUACCUAAAAGCGGAGCGCACCAUGCUGGAGGACACCAAGGCAGCGCUGCUGGACUUGGACAAAGUCAAUGUGUUCUUCAGGCCACUGGAAGACGAGUGUCUGGUCGCAAGUAAGAGAUUUGAUUGAUAGAAACCAGCUUUUUGAAGCAAAAUUUACCUGGAACAAGCAGCUGUCCAGCUUGACCAGCUUUAUGUUAGAGAUGGACAUUCAUUGUGGAAAAAUUCUUAUCAUAAUCAAUGUUUUUUUCCAUAAUCUUUAUUGUUAUCACAGUGGUACUUGAGAGUAUUUGGAUAAAACUCAAAGUCCACAUCGCCCAUCCUUACUUUGGAUAAAGAUGUGAUUUUAGAUCAGAGGUAUUGAUCUCCAGAUUUCACUGAAUAAAGAAUCCAGACUGCUACAUUCUGGCAGGAUACUCCGAGACACAAUGCAAUAUUUACACUUUCUUACAUAUUUAUUCAAAAAGGUCAUUGGUACUCAUGAACGCCUCCAGCAUCCAAAGGCUUUAUGUGCCUUGUUGAAGAAAUAUUCAUUUUGCAGGAUUAUGAGGUGAAGUAGUAGUUUGUGUGUUGGUAAACAGCUUAAGGUGAAAGCAUUUUUUUCACUGCACAGUUCUGCUUCGUCGUUGUUUAACAUAACUAUUGUUCUGAUGUUUACGAACCGCCUGGGUAGAGCUGGGAAUCUGGGUGGAGUUUUGCCUUUUAAUAAAUCCAGCCUCUGCAUUUACUGAAGGCGCACGACUUACCGGAAACCGACAGCAGACAACUCGGCUUGCAUCACUCAUCUUUUGAACAGCCUAGGCGUGGUCAGCGGAGAUUGCAGUGGAAAAGGAAAAGCACUUGAGGCGCUUCCCAUUUUAGCUGCCAAAGUUGCAGAUUAAGCAUAAAUUUGCUUUCUAUACUCUGAGCUCCAGGGAGAAACUGAAACUGUUCUGGCAUCAAACCCUAGACAUCACAGGCAUGGAUAAUUGCAUCAUAGAUGCAGUCUCCUGCAUCAUGAUGCUCCAUGAUCCUCCAUGAUGCUUUAAUAUAAAAACAUGUUUCUGAAGAAGUUUCUUGACUGCUGCACUGCAGGUAGAUGGUUUUCUGUGCUGUAUUGAUUUUUUUCUUAAUAGCUCCAACAGAAAGAUGGGAGCCAUUGCUACUGACAUGUCAGCCACAGUAACAUGAAGUACUGUGUUCAGCCUGCAGCAGUGAUUCCAAUUACUUUAACCUGCUGGGUUUCUGGUUCUGACUUGGUAAAUGUCACCUUUUAAUUGUCACAGAGGUCACAGAGUCACUCAUGUUAACAUGUUAGAGGAUCAGCACAAGUCUCCAGAUUUUAGUAACUUCAUUUCCAUCACGAUGUUGAUGUUCUGCUAAUGUUGAAGAAACACGAUUUCACAAUAUAUAAGAAACACAAUUAAAAUCAUGUGAAUAGGGCCGGCAGUAACAUCCAGUUGUUUGAUCAUGUCACUCAUGUGAAUCGAAAGUCCUUUACAUCACAGCUUUGUGAAAUAAAUCAAUUUUGAAAAGGCCAAAAAUAACACACACACCUCCUCCUACUGCCAAAACUUUUAUCAAUUUUUUUUCAUAAUUUGCAUGUUUCCAUUAAGAAAAUUUACUUUUGAAAUGUCAAAUUUUGCAGUUUUGUGGUAAAUUUUAUGGAAAUGUAGUUGUUGCUUUGGAUUCUCAUGCCCAUUCAAUUCAGUCUUGUUCCUUUAACAGUUAACAUUACAUGAUUCAACCAAAACAUAGGUUUUCUAAUCAGGCUAAUUCAAACCUGCUCUGGGUUUAACCUUUUUUUUAAGACAGGAAAAUUAGAAUUAAAGAUUCACAUGCACACACACACACACACACACACACACUGAAUUAAUGUGACUAU